GAGGUAGGCACGGUCGCCGCGCCGGCUCAUUCAACUUGCGGCGCGCGCGCUUCGCAGUUCGCUCGAUAACAACGCAUACACAAACACGCCAAAAUGUAUAUUAAACUUUUUACGUUAGUGACUCUGUGGACUUACGGUGUUUUAGCUUUCGAGUACCAUUGUAGCACGCGGUCCGCUCUGCUGCUGCUCAAACGACCGGCAUACGAGUUUUCAGUGAAAAUGUUACAAAGAGUGAGUCAAGAAACAGACGCCCAUUUCGUUUACUCUCCCCUGUCCACCUGGCUGCAGCUGUCCGCGCUCGCCGAGGGUGCCACCGGCAGCACCUUCAAAGAAAUUUGGAGGGUAACGAAACAUCACAGAAACAAGUGCUUCAAGAGGCAACUGGGCAAUAUUUUAAGGCAACUCAAUAAAGACUUAAGUUAUGAAGUUAGGAGGAAAAGUGUGAUUGCGAUAGAUAAGUUAAUGGCUGUGAAGAAAAAUUAUGUGCGCGAAGUUCAGAAGCUGUACGGCAUUAGAGUGAUGCUACUGGAUUUCAACGAGCCCAUGAAAGCUGCCCGCGAAGUCAACGACGUGAUCGAGGACGGCACCGGUGGAGUGGUCGACCAGAUCGUCUACUACGACGACUUCAUGUCAACAGUGCUCAUCAUGAGUGACGCGAACUAUUUCCGAAGUGAGUGGAAGAUCCCCUUCAGCAGUGAGACCACGAUACAACCCUUUUACUCGAAUAAAGGAGUCAAAAUCGGUGCAGUGAGUAUGAUGAACCAGAUAGGCAACUAUCAUAUCGCUGAUUUUCCUCAUAUAGGAGCAACUGUUUUAGAAAUUCCUUGUGCUUCACAGAGAAUUAAAAUGUUAGUGUUUUUGCCUAAAGAAAAGCUUUGGCCUAGUGAGAUAUUCUACAACUUACAGCGCACUAGGUUGACAGCUAUUUUCAAUAUGUACAAACGGCAACAUGAGAGAUUAGUUAACGUAACAAUGCCUAAAUUCAAACAGCGCACAGAGAUUGAAAACUUACCUGAGUUAGUUGACGAUAUGGGCAUUAAAAGAAUAUUUAAGCCUAAAGUAGCUGAGUUCAAGGGCAUCAGCAAAUUCGAUGUGUAUGCGUCUCUAAUGACGCAAACUGCUGACAUAGACGUUAAUGAAAAAGGUGUGUCUGCAUACGCCGGCUCCUUAGUUAUAAAAGACAAUGUUACUGAAUUUAAUUGUAAUAGACCUUUUGCUUACAUGAUAGUAGAUAAAAUAACAGAUUUUAUUCUAUUCGCUGGUGUGUAUUCAGUGCCUAGUGUCGUUUGAAUAGGAAGUUGUAACGAUGUCUGUAAUUCAUGUGAUGAAUCUCUUCUGCGAACCAGUUGAUUGCUGCAUUCGCGAUGUUUCAUUUGUAAAUAAAUUCUGAAAUCGAGGACGUCUGUGUCGGACAGACGGACGGAAUGUGCUGUCUAGGUAGAUUGACAUUUUGUGAACUUUGGUGAAAGUACCGCCUUCAAUAACGAACUGAGUGUUAGGAUUAGAUAUUUAAUAUUUGUUAACUGCUUGAAAGUCAUAACUCACCUGGAAAGUGUUAUUCUCAAACAAAUAAUUGUAUGUAGGCCCAAAGUGAUAAUUACUAAUAAUUAAUUUAAAUAAUAGAAGUCAGUUAACCCCUAUUGAGGAUAUUAUGCAAUUUAUGUUUGUGUUAAAAAUGCAAAAAGGUUUAUGUAGUACUCAAAUGACCGAUGUAAUCUGAUUGUAAAACUAUCAAGUACACUUUUACCAAAUCAA